UUAUGCUUUGUAAAAAAAUGAACCGGUUCAAUUGUAUAAUUACAAUAAAUACAUAUUGCCAGCUAUGAAUAUUUUUUUGCAAAAUUGAAAGUAACUUUACAAUUAAGCAUGAAGAAUGGUGAAAGUAAUUUUUCUUCUUUUUGCACUCAUUUGUUUUUCGAAUGCUGUAGUUCGACGAAUUAGUUUCACUUCGGGAAAUAUAAUUCAAGGCAAAUAUGCCAGUGGUAUCAGUAUAAAAAUAAAUAAUGGACAACAAGAAAUUAUUUGGGAUAAACAAUUUGACAGUAACAAUCCUUUGACAGUUUAUCUCAGUCAUAUUUAUGAAGACACUGGACUUUUGGAAGCAGUUGAACUUACUAAUAUUUGUGCUAAAUAUCCCAGUGGAUCAUUUGAAAAUAUUAUUAAACAAUUUGUUCUUAAAAAACUUCGAGGUACUAACAGAUGUCCAAUAAAAAAGGGUACAAAAAAAAUUACCUAUCCAAUUACUGACACAUUCGAAGCAACAAAAGAAGCUAAAAAUUGUGGACCAAUUAUUGCAAAUCUUCACAUUGUACAAAAUAAAAAAUCAAAUUCUGACGAGGCUCCAUUGUUAAUCAGUGGACAAUUUAGAGGAGUUAUAUCGGGCGAUGAUUGUUAGUAAUUAAUAUAAUUGUCAAAGACAUUAUGGAGUUUAUUUAAAUAUCGACAAAUAUAUAAUAUGUAAUUUAAAGCAAAAAAAAAAAAGAGUUUGUCAUUAUUCUUUUUGGAAAUAUUUAAAAUUAAUUUUAUUUAUAUUUUUAAAAAGGUUGAUAUAAGUUUUGCAAUAAUAUAUUCAAAAUAAUCAUUGGUAAUUUAUUAAUAAUGCAUCACAUGGAAAACAUAUAAAUUAGUAUUUUAAUAACUAGAAUAUUUAUUAUCUCAUUCAAAGGAAAAAUAUAUAAUAUAUAUUAUUUUUUUUAAUAAUAUGAAUAAAAUGUUAAUUAUUUUUUCUAUAUAUAAUCGCGUAAAUAAAACAAUAAUAAAAACCAGUUCUAUUAAAAAUUAUAUUUUGCAAAAGGCAAUAUUUUAUCGAACAAUCUUACAACUUAUUUGUAAUUAUUCAAUUAAUUUAUUCACAAUUUAAAAAAAAUAUGUUAUUAUUUUUUUAAAAUUUAUAUUAUAAAUGGAUUGUGAACUAUUAUUAAAUAUAAAAAAAAUUAACAAAAAACAAAUCACAAAUAGAAGGUGUACAGUCUUAAUAUUUAAAAAGAAGUAGUAUAGGUAAAAAAUAUAUAAAUCAAUUUGGCUGUGUGGUCAAAGUACACGUCUCGCGUUCCAAAGGUCCAGGGUUCGAUUCCCCUUGCGUGCAAGAUUUUUCAAAAUUAUUCUCAAGUGUUUUAUGUACUGUAUGUGUAAUAAUCUUAAAUAAAAUAUAAAUUAGAAAUAAAAAAAAGAAAAAAAUAGAAAUAAAAAAUAUAAUAUUUGACAGAAUAGGGCUUUUAAAGAAAAACUGACAAGGCUCUAAUAAGUUUUUCCCAAAGUAGGAUAUUGGUUGGAAACAAAUUAAAAUUGCGCAAAAAUAUAACGUCACCAAUAUUAUAAAUAUAUAGGUGAUAAAAUUUAAAAAAUUAGAAAAAAAUAGAGAUCGAUACAUUUUUUUACUUUUUAAGGAAAAAAAAUAUAACAAAAUAAUUAUUUAUAAAAUAAAGAUACAAGGUUCAUUAUCUUAUCUUUUACCUCGCAAAAAAAAACAGAACCGGUUCAAUUAAAUAUACUAUAAAAACUUGUUGUCAACUGUUAAUACUUUAGUUUCAAAAUUGAAAAUAACAUCACAAAAUUUGUAACAAUGUUAAAAGUUAUUUGUCUCUUUAUUCUACUCAUUGCUGUUUCAAA